AUGCUGUAUGGGACAGUUGCUCUACUUGGUGACCUUGCUGCUGUGACAAAUAUUGCUUUAUGUAUUAUUGCUAUAGUAGCAAUUCUUAUUGCAGUAAGAAUGGUUCGUAAAGAGGGUGUAACAGAAUUAAAUUGUAUCGCAGAUAUCUUACCGAGAGCUCUGGACAGUAUUAGCCAUUGUGAGAUGUCUGUCGCUCUUGUUGCUACAAUAGCGAAUUGUAUGAAGAUUCCAGUUGAAGAAAUUUUGAAGGAAUACAGAGACGAUAGUUCUCGAAGAAGACACUUUAUUCUGAAGACAUUUCAGAAUGACUCACUUACAUGGAAAUUAAUGUGGGAAUUUCCAUCAAAAUUUAUCACUUAUGGACAUAUCGGGGAAGAACUUAUCAUCGAAGCCGUGUAA